GCCCAAAAGUAUGCUUAUACAGGCCUAAAAAAAGGUGGUGAUCAAGAUGAGGAAGGAGGGAGCAAGCGCCCAGUCCCUGAUAGACCACGCCGUGACGAAGAGAUCGAGUCAACCUGGAUCCAGUAUAUCACGCCUGAGGGCAACCAGGGCGAGAAGCAGCUCAGACACGUUCUCAAGACAUUUGAUCGAUCACAGUACGUCCUUGUUGAGGUGGACUCGCGUGCAAGACCCCCUAAAUGCAAACUAUUUACCAAGUCACGAGCACAUUUGGAAAAGGGUCAUAGGCUCGAAAUCCAGAUUAAUGGCAAGAGAGGCAAGAGCACUACUCAAGAGGACCGUAAUGCUGUCAUGGAGAGAGUCAAAAUAGAAUUCGAACCGGUAUCGAAGUAUGUGAGGCAACCUGAGUGGGUCUCUGCAACGACAGUAACCAUGCUUUUACAAGGCAACACUAAGAAGAACGACAAGACAAAACCGACGCAGCAACAAAUGUAG